AACAAUUAAAAUCUGUUACAGAAGUCAUGUGAUACGUCACGGAUCGAAAUAGAAUACAAAUUAGAUGUCUGAAACGCUGUAUUGCAAAAUCUAUACAGUAACAGAGGAGAAAGUAUGUUCUUCGUGAUUUUUAUAAUAACCGCCUGGUGUUCUCAGAUGUCCGUUGCGCAGACAUGUGAUUCACAUCUAGACUCAUACAUUGGUUGUCAGCUUGAACACAUGAUCAAAGAAGAUCCAGGUGAUGUCGGAUUCGAAGCUGCUGGUAUUGUGAUAAAUGGCACUGACUUGAUAUUUCCUAAUGUCGUGUAUAACUUUGGUGGCAGUUAUAAUAAUACUACCGGGCAGGUCAAAGUACCAACGAGCGGUUUGUACGCUAUGUCAGUUGCUCUUGAACUAAACCCUAUGAUUGAUAAUGAGAACGACGGUUCAUUUGUAUGCCAUUUUCUGUUCAGUUCUGGGUUUAAAGUCAAAAUAUCCACUAAUAUCGCUCAAACGUCGUUCUACGAUUCGCCUUAUCCCUAUGAAGACUACUGGGAUCCAGUUGAUAAGAGAACAAAGCCAAUAGUUGCCCUCACACGGCCAACUGUUUUUGAUACAUUAUUUGUGCCUAUGAUCCAUGGAGAGGUCGUCAAAAUCGGCGGCUGUACAAACACAGAAAGAAUAAACACUAAAGCAGAGAUAAGAUUUAAAGGAUGUAUGAUGAAUUAUAAGAUUAUAAGAUGAAUUUGAAUUUUUAGGUACCAUCUCUAUAUAAGGACUCCUAGACAACUAUCUAUUUUAUUUUUAUUUCAUGUGUAUUCUUGGACGUUUCCAGUUAUUCGGUUCGGUUAACACAUUGGCGUCAUAAAUUCUGAUCUGGUAUCUAGUUCUCUUUGUUCGCAUUUAACAACACUAAAAUAAACAGUCUGCAAAUAGGUAAAAAAUUGGCGUAUUAGUAAUUUAGGAAAUAAUAUAUCUCAUUUAGUGAUUUGUCGCUGAAUAAAAUCAUUGUUUGGAGUUCAGAUGCGAAGGAAUUAUAUCAUGAGGGCGCAGCCCAAGUGAUAUAGUAAUACGCAUCUGAACGACAAACAAUGAUUUUAUUCAAGAGCAAAUCACUAAAUGAGAUAUAUUAUUUCGAUUCUAACACGUUACCAAGGAUUUUAAAGUACAUCCUUGACGACAUCCAUUAAAUAUUUGCCUGUUUUCUGUUGGUUUCUUUUCCAGCGCGGCGCUAUGCAGUUUGACGCUACCACGUAAUAAUUGUGAAGUCAAUUGUUAUAUAUUCUAAUAUACUUGUCGCUGUUAAAACACUCUUACGCUAGAAUGACGUCACGUUAACGUGCGGUGACGUCAAAAUUUUUGUUGCGACCAAGAAAAAGCGCUUCUAUAUUUUAUCUAUUGUUUUAGAUUAAGGGCAUAUUAGAAUCGAAAUAAUUUAUAGCAAAAGAGUGUUUUAACACUAUUUAUACACUCGGGCGGUAAUACGUCGUACAAAUAAUUUCACUCGGGCUGCGCCCUCGUGCAAUUAUUACGCCCGACGUAUAACCGUCCAUCGUGCAUAAAUAGUGAUAAAGCACUCUUUUGCUAUAAAUUAUUUCUUAAAAACACACAAUUUUCAGCCUUCUUUAUUUAAUAGGAAAAUGAAUCGGGUCGUGUUAGAAUAUUUCAUUAUUGUUUCUGGUGUAUUUAUAAAGAAUUUUAAAAAAAUGUCUUGUAUAUAAUUUUGCAUCAGCUAAAUCAUAAAUAUUGUUUUUAACCCACCUAUUCCAUAACAGGGUGAUUCGUGAAUUUUCAAAAUCCAGAUUUAACCUUUAACCUGCUUUCGGCAAGUGAUUUUGCAUUUGCGACCAGUGCAGACUAAGAUCAGCCUGCACGUCCAUGUAGGCUGAUCAUGGUCUGCACUGUUCGCUAUUCGGUCAGUAAUUUUUCAAUGAACACCCCUUUAAAUAAUAAAUGGUAUUGCCCAAAUCGAAUGAUAGACCAGUCCAUUUUAGAAAUAUAGCAGGGUAAAGGUUAAGUUAUACAUCAUUUUAAAGGUACCCGGGGAUGGCAUUAAUAAUGUUUUGAAUUACUAAAGUCAGUUUUAUAUUUUACCUGUGUAAUUAUUUGGCCAAUAAAGAAAUAUUGGCCUCUUUCGUCGGACUCAUGGUUUCGCUUGACGCCCAGUUUUUUGAAGAAGAAAAAAAUGCAUUGAGUACAUGCGAUUACACUUCUUCAGGCUUGCUUCUAUUACAAGAGCAUUUGUGCGUUUUACAUUACCAUGCCUUUUGUUACCAUUACAUAUUUUAAUACUGACUUUCAGAUACUAUGUAACUGUUCUAAAGCAAUAAAUGGCUUCUGUAACAUUUUAUUCAUGAAGCUCUUUUAUUGAUACUACAUCCUAAAAUGGAUUGAAACAUAACAUUAAUUUAAAUAUUACUUGCAACAAUACAAAUCAUAACACUACCAAUAGUAUUACUCAAACAACAUAAGAUUCGAUACAUGACAUACUUCUUGAUACCAUGACAUGCUCAUUUUUUUAAACCUGUGUUCAUAAUGUCAGGCAAAUGCAUGGCUUUAUCGCCAACAUUAAAUCGCCACUAUUGGAUGUACGCACGUAUUGAGUGUACAAUAUACUUUAAAGGUUGGAGUUAAGUUUAAAGGUUUAAUAGUGUACAUUCAAUGCGUGCGUACACUCAAUGCGGGAGAUUUAAUGCCGGCCAUUAUAAUAGUAUGGUACUAUCUUAGAGGUCUACGCAUUGAAAGGUUUUUGUUGAAGGAUAUUGAAGGGAUUUGGCAUUGUGAUAUAUCUGAAAAAUUAUUUAAAGCCGAAAAAACCCCAGCUAAAACGUUCAAGUACCACCAAAAAAGUACAUCAAAUAUAUAUGUAGCAUGAACUGCUUUGAGAGGUUUGGAACUGUAUAUGCUCAUUUCCGUUUGUGUAAACAUAAUUAUACGACUUUUUUCUUUAAAAAGAGGUCGUAAAAACUCAGAUGAAUAGUGACACUCAGAAACGCAAUUUGCAUUUAAACAUAAAACUGCAAAAAUCCUUUUAAUUUUGAAAAAAAAAAAGAAAACAUAACUGUUUGUACAAUCAUGUUUUCAGUUAAAUGAAAGUGACCGUUUCAUUAUAUCUUCGAUUCUCCAUUGCUCAUUAUUAGUCCCCUAAUGGUUGAAACCCAGUUUCGGGGAUUAUAGGAUUGCGCUUUUUCGUCCGUCCGUCCGUCCGUCUGUCAUUCCGGGCCCACCUUUGCAUACUUAUGUGGCUAUAAAAACAAUAGGUAACUGUACUUUUUCUUUGAUGUCAUUCAUUCCGUAAGCUUUUACGUGGCUAUUUUUCUUUUACGUGGCUGAAAGAACAAUAGGGAGAACAAAAGAGUAGCUACAUAAAUACCCAUUUGUAGGAACGUCCGUCCGUCCGCAAUUUCGUGUCCGGUCCAUAACUAUGUCAUUCACCAAGGUAUUUUAAUAUUACUUGGCAAAAAUGUUUCCCAUGAUGAGACGACGUGUCAUACGCAAAACCCGGACCACUAGCUCAAAGGUCAGGUCACAAUUGGAGGUCAAAGGUCAACAGGUAUUUUUUCCUGUCCGGACCAUAACUUGUACAUCCAUGAAGAGAUUUUAAUAUUACUUGGCACCAAUGUACCCCAUAAUAAGACGAUGUGUCAUGCACAACAUUCAACCCCUAGCUCAAAGGUCAAUGUCACUCUUGGCAGUCAAAUGUUAACAUGGCAUGAGCAGGGUCUGUUUCGUGUCCGGUCCAGAACCCUGUCAUCCCUUUAGGGAUUACAAUAUUACUUGACAUAAAUGUUUCCCAUAAUCAGACGACGUGUCAACCCUAGCUUAAAGGUCAAGGUCACACUUGGAGAUCAAACGUCAAUAGGAUUUUUUUCCUGUCCAGUCCAUAACUCUGUCAUGCAAAACAGGAUUUAUAUAUCAGUUGGCACAAAUAUUUUCCUGCACGAGACAACAUGUCAUACGCAAAACCCGAACCCUUAGCUGAAAGGUCAAUGUCACACUUGGAAGUCAAAGGCCAACGGGGCUUUUUUCCUGUCCGGUCUGUAACUCAACAAUCCUUAAAGGGAUUUUAAUAUUACUUGGCACAAACGUACCCCAGGAUAAGGUGAUGUGUUGUGCGUGACACCCAGACGCAUACUCAAAGGUCAAGAUCACACUUAGAGGUCAAAGUUUGAUAUGUUUUUUUUUUUCCUGAAUUAUCAAUAACUCUGUCAUCCAUGAAGGGAUUUUAAUAGUACUUAGCACAAAUGUUUCCAUAAUGAGACAACAUGUGUUACGCAACCCUUUAUCCCUAACUCAAAGGUCAAGGUCACUGUCAGAGGUCAAAGAUCAAUAGGAUUUUUCCCUUUCUGGUCCAUAACUAUGUCAUCAAUUAAGGGAUUUUAAUAUUAUUUGACACACAUGUUCCCCAUAAUGAGACAAUGUGUCAUGUGUCAUACCAAGACCCUUAGUGCAAAGGUCAAGGUCACACCUUAAGAUCAAAAGUCAAUAUUGAUCUUUUCCUGUCCAGUCUGUAAAAUAUUUUUUGGGGCAGUGCCCCCAGAUUUAACAAACCGUCUUUUAAUUUUCUUGUCGAGCUUAUGACCAACCUGACAACACAAAGAAAACAAGUUCCAAAGUAUUUACCAAACAUAACUUUAAUAUUGCAUUUUGCAAUUAUAUUUUUGAUCCAGAUAUGAUUAAAUAGAUCUACACAUUUUAUAUUAACAACAGUAUCUGAAGAAAAAAAUAAACUGCAUUGUAAAUAUAAAUUAUAAUAGAUCUACUUAGGCGUAAGAAUAAUAAAGACGCUUGAUUUGAUCACGUGGUCGAUUCUGAAACCGACACUUGUUUUGAUCAUGUGACCUAUUCUGAAAUCCAAUAACUGGUUUCAGUACGCUCAAAAAAAUGUGUUCUUGAUUCUGCGUGAAAAUAGCAACUACUUAGAGGUUAUCAUACCGGGCUGAUGUGCCUUAAGGCGAUAU